AUGAACAUUUGUUUUUAUGCAGACUGGGACCUGGGAAUUUGCCUGCACUACGAAUGUAAAAGAAAACAGCUACGGAAGCCUGAUAUUUUAAAUUCUUGGAUUGACUUACGGGCCACGUAUAAGAACUUUUACUCUAGGAGGCCGCAAGGUUUAAAUGGGGCACUGAAAGACGUGGGCAUCCUUUUUCAAGGACGGGAGCACUCCGGACUGGAUGAUUCUCGGAAUACUGCUCGCCUCGCUUGGAAGAUGAUUCGCGACGGGUGUGUAAUGAAAAUCACAAAAUCCAUCGAUAAGCACCCCUGCUAUAGACCUUCAGGUUGGGGGGACAAGGGGCAUCUAAUUUCAAACCUUUCUAGACCCAAUCAAGGGCUAGUUUUGGUCCCCACGACUCUUUCCACCGUCAACAUUUCCGAGACCGACAUCAGCACCACUCCAGAGUGUCUAUCUUUGUUGGCCGAUUGGGAGGACGUGGCCAUCCUUCCAGAAAAGGAAGACGGCCCAGAUCCAGAAUCCUUGCCAUCAAAAGAUAACCCUCCACCCAAGAGGGCAUUAGCGACAGAAGAUAGGAACGAACUAAUGAACUGGGCAGCUGAAAAUAUGGAAGGUGCUCCUCCGAACACAGAGCUCUCAAAAUCUAUUGUCUACAAGAGUCCAAAUACGACUAUUUAUAACGCGGGCAGAGCGCCAAACAAAACUUCGGAUGCUUCUACGUUUAAACUCCCUGUUGUGACGACAGAGGCAUCUUCCCCCAGCCCACCGGAUAGAAAUCAUCCGGCAUCUUCAACCGAGGCCAUCAAAAGGAAACCCUCCAGCCCCAAAUCUUUGCCUCCGACCAAAAAACCAUCGUUCAGAAUCUACAAGGACGGGAACCCGACAUCGAGCAGCUUCCAGUUGCCCAGGGCAAAUCCGUCCGGCGUCUCUCCUGCCCUCUUAAGCUCUUCGGGCAAUCUCAACCCAGCUUUUAGGGCAGCCGAAACCGGGAGGAUGACCCCUCCGCUCUGCCGGUGUGGCCGAAGAGCUAGAAGGUUGAAUGUUUCAAACGGUGGCCCUAAUCAGGGCAAAGGAUUUUACAGCUGCCCGGUGAGAAAAUGCGAAAGGAACACGAAAGGCUGCAACUAUUUUCGAUGGGAACAUUCGCUUAUAAAGGAGAAAAUGGCCCUUCCGACUUUGACUUUAGAGGCUGGGGGCUUAAAGCCUUUAAAAACUCAGGACCCCUCCCUGGGAAAUGUUAAGUGCCUGCGUCUCCGGCCUUCCAUGCGAAACUAA